AUGGAAAACAGUGACAUUGUAAUUAGUGUGAUCUUCUUAUCACAGACUGUAGUUGGGAUCCUGGGCAACUCCUUCUUAGUCUACCAUUAUCUGAUGCUUUACUACAUGAGGUGCAGACUAAAGUUCACAGACUGGAUUCUGCAGCACUUGAUUGUAGCCAACUUCUUAACUCUACUGUGUAAAGGAAUCCCCCAUACUGUGUCUGCCUUUGGGUUGAAAAACUUCCUCGAUGACAUUGGUUGUAAACUGACCUUCUAUCUUCACAGAAUAGGGAGGGGUGUUUCCAUCAGCAGCACCUGCUUUCUGAGUGUCUUCCAGGCCAUCACCAUCAGUCCAAGUGCUUCCAGGUGGACACAGCUUAAAGCCAAGUCUCCCAGUUACAUUGCUUCCUGUGUGUACAUGAGUUGGGCCCUGUCAUUCUUAGUAAAUAUAGCUUUUCCCAUGGACAUGAGAGCAAGACAAAACAAUAGGAACAUUACACGCCUAAGGGUGUAUGGUAUCUGUUCUACUGUUCAUCAUAACAAGGUCAGUGACAUUAUCAAUGCAGUAUUACUCUCUAUUCCUGAUGUGGUGUUCAUGGUGCUGAUGGUUUGGUCCAGUGGCUACAUGGUUUGUAUUCUUUACAGACAUAAGCAGAGGAUGAAGCACAUUCAUAGGAGUACCUUUUCAUUCAGGUCCUCUGCUGAGUUUAGAGCCACAAAGACCAUUCUGCUCUUGGUGAGCACCUUUGUCUUUUUUUACACAAUUUCUUGCCUCUUCCAAAUUAAUUUGGCUCUUUUCCAUAACCCAACCUCAUUAUGGGUGAACAUGGCUUCAGUAGUUACUGCAUGUUUCCCAACUGUGAGUCCCUUUCUGGUGAUCUCCAGUUAA